AUGAGAUCAGAGGAAGAACGUUUUCCUAAGCACAAUGUUGCUGAAAAUGAAUAUGAGUAUAACGCCGAGUAUAAACAGCAUCAAAUUGCAGAAUGGAGAAGUUUAAAUUCAAGAAGAUACGGUUACCGUGCUGCUUAUCAUGAGGCUGUUGAUCAAGAGGAUGAAGUACCCCCAGAAUAUCUUCGUAAGAUAGUAAAGGACAAUGGUGACCUUGCUGGGAAACGCUUUAAUACUGAGCGAAAACUCUGUGUUGCUUUGCUAAAAUACAUUCCUUUGGCGCUUUACAAAUUACUUGAAAAUAUGCCUAUGCCAUGGGAAGAAGCACGCUAUGUAAAUGUAGUGUAUCAUAUGGGAGGAGUACUCACACUUGUUGAGGAUACACCAACGGUACCAGAGCAAUUGUAUCUUGCCCAAUGGGGAUCUAUGUGGACAAAGAUGCGAUCAUAUAAAGUGGAAUUGCAAGAAGAAGGUGGAGCUUUUCGCCGUAUGGUACAUAAGAGUAAUGAGAAUGAACCUCCUAUUGACUAUGGAGAUUAUAUUAUGGACCGUGAACCUCCACCGGCGGUACGAGAUGAUCUUGAUGAAGAAGAUGCUGCUGCUAUUAUUGAUUGGUUUUAUGAUCCUUUUCCACGACUUGUACAUCCAAAUCAAAUUCGUGGACCGAGACGACCUAAUGGAUAUUAUUUUUCUAUUAAUGUAGUAGAAUGUCUUUUCCGAAGUGCUGCUCCAAUUCUUCCCACAUUAGAUGAUCGAAAUUAUUUUUAUUUAUGGGAUUUAAAAUCAUUUUAUGCAGCUAAGGCUAUGCAUUUGGCAAUUCCACGUGCACCUAAAUUUGAGGCUCCUCCUGCGGUAAAAGAAGAAGAUGUUGAUUGGACAGAAUUUAAUGAUCUUCGUCGUGUAAUUCACCGUGAUGACCCACGAAAGCCGCGGUUUACUAUGCUAACAGAACGUCAAAUUGCUUUUCCUUUCUUAAACAGUGAUGUUGUGGAUGGAGUGACGGUAGCACCUUAUCACUAUCCUGCAGAGGUUCGUGUGGAAAAUGAUGAUCCUGCUAUUCCUUGUUUUUCAUGGAAUCCUUCUCUUAACCCAAUAAAAGCAUUACAACGUAAUCAUUCCGAAGUAACAGUAGAAACACCAGGUGUAUUAUACACCGCUUCAAUUCGAAAUUUACAAGAGUCUAAAAAUAUAGGAUUUGGAAAAGAAGAAGAAGAAUUACAGUUACCAGAAUCUUUUAUCCCAUUUUUAGAGGAAAUUCCAUUAGAAGAUGUGGAUACGAAGCAAGCUAUGACUUUGGCUUUUGCACCUCCACCAUUUAACAGCUUUGAAGGUGGGAUGAAGCGACGCAUAGAUAUUCCGGUAGCAGAACAUUGGUCUCAAGAUCCUCCAAGUUUGCAAACAAGUGAUACACGUGAUAAAAUACUUAGAAGUUAUACACAACUUUUAAAACAUCAUGUGGCUAAGAAUCUUCGUCGAGAUCGACUUAAAGUACGAGCGAAAGCGCAUGAAGGAGAAAAAGAAGUUUCUGAACCUCUUCGUCGUCUUGAUGAACUCAGUAAACUUAAGUUUUUUCAAAAAACAAAGAUUGAUUGGAUGGAAGCUGGUCUUCAAGUUAUGAGACAAGGACAUAAUAUGUUAGUGCAAUUAAUUAGUGUAAAAUCUUUACCAUAUGUUCAUAUUGAUUAUAAUUUUGAAGCCAAACCUACUAGAACUUUAACAACCAAAGAAAUUAAAAAGAGUCGAUUAGGUCCUGCAUUUCAUCUAAUUCGUGAACUUUUGGGUUUUAUGAAACAACUUGUCGAUAUGCAUGCCAUGUAUAGAUUAGGUAAAACUGAUGCUCUUCAAUUGGCAGAUGCAACGCAUUAUCUUUUUUCACAUUUGGGUCGAUUAACAGGUGUUUAUCGCUAUAAACUGCGAGCAAUGAGACAAAUUAAACGUACUAGAGAUUUAAAACAUGUUCUUUACAGUAAAUUUAAUGUGGGAGAAGUUUUAAGAGGACCAGGAUGUGGUUUUUGGGCUCCAUCAUGGCGUGUUUGGGUGUUUUUUAUGCGUGGUAUGACUCCUUUAUUACAACGUUAUCUUGGAAAUUUAACAGAUCGUGUUCUUCGUGGACGUGAAUCUAAAGGAAAGUAUGAUGGAAAACGUAUUACACGUCAACGUGUGGAAACGGAUAAGGAUGUUAAUAUAAAAGAAAAUUUUAGACGUGAAUUAAAAGAAAUGCUUCCUGAAAAUGUACGAAUGGAUGUUAUUCGUACUAUGGAUCAACAUAUGAAUGAAGCUUUUAGACAUUGGCGUGCUGGUUUACAAUGGUCUGUUCCAGGAUUAGCAAAACCUUUAAUUGAUUUAGUUAAUAAAUACGUUAAACUACGAGCGGAAGAGUAUAUUCGUGUAGCCCAAUAUCAACGAAAACGUAUUAAUGAAGGAGAUACUGUAGAUAAACAGGCAUUUAUUAAAAAUCUUGGACGACUUACUCGUUUAAAACUUAUGGAAGAACAAAAACGUCAACGAUCUUACUUGGAAGGAACAGAUUCUCAUGUUAUUUUACCUGAAGAAGCGACUGAAAUUUACCGUAUGAUGGCAAAUUGGCUUAGUGAUCGUGGAUUUAAAAAGAUUUCUUUUCCUAAAAUUUCUAGACCUGCAGAACUACGAAUUUUAGAGCUUGCUUUAAAUCGUCUUCGUGAUCAACAUAAUAUUGCAAAUCGACUUACUCAAGCUCAACGAGAAGAACAAGCACGUAUUGAAGAAGCUUUUAAUUCUCCUCAUGAAACGUUAUCAAAAAUUGUAGAUUGUUUAGCAAGAGUACGUCGUUUUAAAAAUGUUGAAGUGGAAUAUAUGGAUACUUUUUCAACUCUUUAUCCUAUCUAUAAUGUAGUUCCUGCAGAAAAACUAGUGGAUUCUUUUCUUGAUCAGUAUUUAUGGUAUGAGGCUAUGGAUCAACAAAGACUUUUUCCUAAUUGGGUAAAACCAUCUGAUAUGGAACCUGUACCAGUUCUUGUUUAUAAAUGGUGUCAAGGUAUAAAUGAUAGUCCUGGAAUUUGGGAUGUUACAAGAGAUGAAUCUACUGUCCUUCUUCACGCUGAUCUUGAAGAUAGUUUUUAUGAUAAUGUAGAUUGGAAUUUAUUUCGUCCUUUAUUGGAACUUGUUAUGGAUAAAUCAUUAGUAGAGUAUAUUGUAAGUCGUCAUGAUGUUGUGGUAGAGUUUAAAGACAUGAGUUAUCAAUGUCGUAAAGGAUUAUUACGUGGUUUUAUGUUUUCUUCCUUUUUAGCACAAUAUUGGGGACUUGUAACGGAUGUUUUACUACUUGGUACACAAAGAAGUCAAGAAAUUGCCGGUCCUGCAAGACGACCAAAUCCAUUUAUGAGUUUUAUGCGAGAUCCUCUCCUUGCGACAUCUCACCCUAUUCGUGGGUAUUGCAGAUAUAAGAAUGAGGUGUAUGUAUUAUUAAAAUAUAGUAAAGUGGAAGCGGAUGAUGUAAGACGACGUUACUUGGAUGAAACAAAGGAUGAUCCUGAACGACGUGCUCUUAAUGCAUCUGUAUAUGGAUUUAAAAAUGCUAACCAAUGGCCAAGAGAUGCACGUAUGCGUUUAUUUUUAAAUGAUGUUAAUCUUGCACGUGCUGUUUUAUGGGAAUUUCGUGGACGUCUUCCACCAAGUAUUGGUGAAAUUAAUGAGAGUAAUACCUUUGUAAGUGUUUAUUCUAAAGAUAAUCCUAAUAUGCUAUUUGAUAUGGGAGGUUUCUCGGUACGUAUUUUACCAGUUUGUCGUACAGAAGAAGAAGUACUGGAAAAUGAAUCCAUGUGGAGUUUACAAAACAGUACUACUAAAGAUGUUACAGCAAGAGCUUUUCUUCAAGUUUCUCCUGAACACGUAAAUAAUAUACGAAAUAAAUCUAGACGUGCUAUUAUGAUGGUAGGAAGUUCUACUUUUCAAAGUAUUGCUGCUAAAUGGAAUGCUCUUAUUACGGAGAUUGUACCUUAUUACCGAGAGGCUAUAUUAGGUACAGAUACGUUACAACAAGUUCUUGCCCGUGCAGAGCAUAGAAUGCAAUCUAGAGUUAUGAUGGCUCUAAACUCAAGAUCUAAAGCUCGUUUUCCUCCUGCUAUGUUUUAUGCACCAACAGAUUUAGGAGGUCUUGGAAUGCUUUCUGUAGGUCACUCUCUUAUUCCAGCACGUGAUCUUAUUUAUUCCAAAACCACCAGUACAGGUGUACAAUUUUUCUAUUCUGGACUCACAAAUGCAGAUGAUAUUCCUAUUCCUAAUAUUCUUCAAUAUUAUACUCCAUGGGAAACAGAAAUUCGAGAAGGUGUUAAAGCAUGGACAGAAUUUAGUAUACGAGAUAGAGAAGCUAAAGCCGCUGGAACUCGUCUUUCUAUUGAUGAUAUUGAACAUAUCAUAAAUAAAGGUAUUCCUCGUAUUCGUGCUCUUUUUUCACGUCAUGCUAAAUUAUUUCAAUUUGAUAAGGGAUUUCGUUGUCGUAUGGAAUUUCAACGAUACAUCGCAGGUAAAUAUUUAAAAAAUUGGUGGUUUCAUCCAGAGCACGAUGGUAAUAUUUGCGGUGGAGUAUUAGAACGAUAUCGUGUAGAUAUGAAUAUUGCACUUGGUGGUGUUGAGGCUAUUCUUGAACAUAGUCUUUUUAAAGGAACAGGAUUUCCAUCAUGGGAAGGUAUUGAAUUUAAUCGUUCUGGUGGAUUUGAAAACUCUAAAAAAGAUAGUAAAUUAGCCAAACAACAACGUGCAGGUCUUGCUAAUGUUCCUAAUAGACGUUUUGCACUUUGGUGGUCCCCAACUAUUAAUCGAGCAGAUGUUCAAGCCGGUUUUGAAUCUAAAAUUGAUACAACUGGUGUAUUUAUGUGUGGUAAACUUGAAACCAUUAAAAAAUCACUUAUUAAAAUUUUUAGUGGUUCAUUAUGGGAAAAAUGUCAUGGUGCUGUGGUGAAUGAUAUUGCAAGUAAAUUAAAAGAUGCAAUGGUUGAAUUAGAUGCCGCUUCUGUCACAUUACAACAACAACAUCCACAAAAAUCUUAUACCUAUACAAGUUCUGCACCUGAUGUUAUUAUGGUUUCCACAUCCCGUUGGCCUGUCACAGCUAAACCAACCGUACUCUCAGAUGAAGCUGGAGAUGAGUAUCGUUCCCAUACAACAGGAAAAUUUUGGAUUGAUGUUCAAUUACGUUGGGGUAAUUAUGAUAGUCAUAAUAUUGCAGAAUAUACAAGGAAGAAAUUUUAUGAAUAUGGAGCAGCAAAAAUGUAUCCAUUUCCUGCUGGUGUGGUUGUUGGAAUUGAUUUGGCUUAUAAUUGUCACUCAGCUUUUGGUUAUUGGAUUCCACAGUUAAAACCUUUAAUGGUGAAACUUAUGUCCGCUAUUAUGCGGCAUAAUAUUGCCCUUAAUACUUUACGUGAUCGAAUGAAGAGAGAUCUACAACUUUUUAGUUCAGCACCAACAGAAGCAGGUCUUUCUGUAACCAAUAUUGCCGAAUUGUUUUCAGAAGGUAUGCGUACUUGGAUUGUAGAUGAUAGUGCCACUUAUGUUACAAGUGAACAACCAACCGCAGAAGGUGGAAGAAAAUUUCGUUCAGAGAAUGGUGCUGUGCUUAUAUUUGAACCAACGACAGGUCAGUUAAAACUUAGUGUUGUUCAUAAAAGCGUUUUCGCCGGACAAAAACGACGUACAAAACUUGCGAGAGAAAAAGCAGCUGAAGAAAUCGCUUCAUGGUUGCGAAGUACACCUGUAAGUCAGAGACCUGGUAAAAUCAUCGUUACACGUAGUCGUUUUAGACAAACACUACAUAAUAUGCUUGUAUUGGAUUAUCCAAAUAUUAUUAUUGGACAGAGUGAUAUUAAUCUUGCUAUUCCAAUGAUAUUACGACAUAGCCGUUUAGCAGAUUUACGUAUCUCUGCUACAGAAAGCAAAGGUUGGGAAUUUUGUUUAUAUGAUGAUUGGUUACAACAAUUUCAACCUGCUACUUGUUUUAAUCUUUUAAACCUUAUCCUUCGAGGAUAUCAUGUUAAUCUCAGUCGAACUCGGGAAACUCUAGUACCAGAUCUUCAUGUUGAAGUCCAUCACUCACAUUUUUGGCCAACUUAUGCCCGUAUGGAAUGGGAACGUGUUUCAGUGCGAUUACAAGAAAUGAUUAUUGCAGAUGCUGCAAGACGUAUGAAUGUCAGUCCAAAUCAGUUUACCGAAAUGGAAAAGAAAGAUAUUCUUCUUGGAAAAAAAAUGACAACGGUUGAAAUUCAAGAAGAAGAAAUAAAAGAAUUAGAAGAGAUGAGACGGACUAAGUUAAUACAAGAACAAGUAAUAAAUGUAACUAAUAAAUCUGGUGAAACUAUAAAGAAGAAAGUAAAAGCAGCUUUUGAUUUUGGAAACUCUACAACUGCAAGUAAUUGGCGAACUCGUUCCUUAGCUGAUGCGGCCGCAUUUGAUGAAUCUACUCCUUUAGAAAUUGAUGUAACAGGUGCCGUAGCAAGUAGUGAUCAACUUGUUAUCCCUACAGAACUUCUUAAAUUGUUAAUUCCAUGCUGUGAUGUACAAGCUCAGUGUUGUGCCUAUCUCUUUGGACAGGCUUUACCAGAUUCUCCUAAUGUAAAGGAAGUACUGUGUAUUAUGUUUCCUCCACAAAAAGGUUCCGCUGUGGAGUGUACCACACCUGUACAGAUCCCUCAUCAACAUCCUGCUCUUGUUGAAAAUCAUCUUGUCCUUCUUGGUGUACUUCGAUGCAGUGGUGGAGAGCCUAUCAUUCACACAAGAGACUUGGCAUUACAUGGAAGACUUCUGGCGGCAAAUGAGGGUUUACAAACCGAAGGUCUUGUCACUGCCGUAUUGGGAAUUUCCCAAGACGGACUUAACAUGCGUUGUUUUACAACUACAAGGGAAGGUAUAUCUUGGGCCCUAGAGAAUUACACAAAAGCAUUAGAGAAGGAAUCAGUAGAAGUUGACACAACACACGUUACACCUUGUCGUGCUACACUUUCUUCAGAAUUACAGGGAUUCUUUCUUGUUCCCAGCAGUGGUGGUUGGAACUACGCCUUUAAGGGGGCUGUUUGGCGUGAAUCUACGGAGUUUGACGUUUGUGUUGGACUCCCUUAUUUGUUUUUUGCCUCACAGCACCGACCAGAUCAUUUCUUAAAUUUUGUUCGACUUUCAGAAGAAGAUACCACCAUCGAUAUCGCCGAUAUUGAUGAUGCUAUGGCAUAA